AUGGAACGUGAAAUACUUGGCAUACUUCACAUCUUCAACAACCUGCAUAAUGAUGCCAAAGUAAAUCAUCGACUUGCAGCACAAACUGAUGUCGAAAGACUUAAGACAACUUUUAUGAAAAUCAACUUCGAAGUAAAAGUUUAUAUGCCACAAAGUUUUGAAGAGAUGGAAACAACUUUAAACAAUGUUUUAAGGAAGACAUAUGACAAUUACAAUAUUUUUGCAUUGUUUUUUAUUGCUCAUGGGGAGGAAGGUAAACUAGUUGGUCCCUACGAAACACACACACAGAAUUUAUAUUCGCAGAUCACAAUCAAAAAUUUCCUCAAUGAAAAUACUUCACUUAACAAUAUUCCUAAAUUGGUUUUCUUUGAUAGCUGUCGAGGUUUAAAAAUAGACGAAAAACUAAAUACUUCAACUAACGCCGAAAUUAGAUCAACUAAAGCAUCUUUUUGUGACUUGUUUAUGUGUUGCUCUACUGUGGAGUCUUAUGCAGCUUGGUCAAUUUCAGUUGAUAAGACUUAUUGCAGCCCAUGGGUUAAGGAAAUUUGCAAACAAAUUAUAGAAAAACACAUGACAACCGACUUUGAACAGAUUUACAGGGAUAUCAAGCAUUAUAUGAGUGAAAAUCCAAUAGAGAUUAACGAUUCUAUUGACCUUGAUUCAAACAGAGCUAGCCAAAGAAGAAUUCGAUAUGGAAGUAUAUUCAAGUUUGAUUUACAUGGAGAUAAAGUGUGUACAUUAGUUGAAUAUAAGUUCAACAAGCGUGAUAAUUGGUCAUCUAUCAAUAAUACAAAGCAAUCACGUCCAUAUUACCUUACUAGAAAAAAGAACAAUGAGAUGUUUAUCAAAGUGGAAAGUUUGAUAUGUGAAGCAAAUGUUUAUUUCAGGUUUUCGUUUCAAGAUUUAAAUAACAAAGUUGUUUAUGAAGAAUGUAUUUCCAAUAUUACAGGUGAGUGUGACUAUGAAUUAUCUUACAAUGGUAUGAUUAUGAUUGCAACACCUGCACCAAUUUCCGACAAUGAGUUCAGCGAAAAUAUUAGAGCGCCAAAAUCUUUGGAUUGGAGAAAGACUUUUAAUAUUAACCUUAUUAAAGUGCCUGAAAAUGAAUCUAUUGAAUCAAUUGCAGAUAUUUAUAUCGACCGCAAUUUUCCUGAUUUAAAAGAUGUUAUUUAUGUCCGUUCCUUUUUUGCUUGUAAAGAUUUUGCAACUAUGAUUUUUGACAAGUUUUAUGUUUUUUUUUCUGAAAAAAAAAGAACUGGUAUUCGUGCUAUAUUACCUGGUUACCAUAUACGCAACCAUGCAUCUCUUUUAAAGUGCAAUAUUGAAAGUUUUAAAAAUCACACUGAUGAAGAUAGAAUAAUAAUAUUUUACUCUGAACUCAAUCUCAUUCUUAUUGCUCGUAUUGCAACUUCAUUGGAUCGCCUACAAUUAGAAUCAGAGAACUGUUUGAAUGAUACUACAUUGUUUGUUACUGUUAAUAGUCUCUUGAUUAAUUGUUAUGGAUUAGUUAUACUGGGAGUUGUUGUUUUACCUUUAAUUAAGCGUGAAGAAUUAAAAGAAGAAUUAUUUUUUAUUUUUUCAGACAGUAGCAGUAGUCAGAAAAAAUUUGAAAAAAUUUUAUUUCUAUGUAAGGAUGAUAUUCAAAAUGAAAAUUUUGAGUGUUGGUGGAGAUUAGUUAGUGCUUAUAGCAUUGAGCGAUGUAAUGUUCAAAGUACUAAUACAUUAUUUUUUAAGAAACUUAUUGGGUUAGCUAUGAUAGUUAUGGCUAAAGUUGAUAUGGUGAAUAAUAAUAUUAAUAUUCCUACAUUAAUGUUUGAUCCUCAAAAACAGAUUGAGUCUAUAAUUCUUAACUAUGAGCAAUAUGAAUCAAUUCACGAUAAAGAACUUAAAAAAAUUAUCACAGGAGGAUAUGGUUCAGGUAAAUCUAUUGUUGGUAAGGAGAUUGUAAAAAAUUGUAUAACAAAGCAAUAUGAACAUCCUUUAACCUUAUAUUACAUAUGUUGUAAUCAUUUUUCUUUGUAUCAAUGUGAAAUGAAAGAGUUUGUUGACAAAAUCUUUUUAGAGAAAACCUUUUUCAAAAAAACCCCAAAUGUUACUGUUGUUUGUGAUAAUUUAUAUGAGUUGUGGCAAAAAAUGUGCAUUAAAAAAAGAAUUAAAGAAGAAUACAUUUCUAUUCCAAGAUUACUAGAAUAUUUGGUUGUCACUGACAAAAAUAAUGUAUGUUUUGUAUUAGAAGAGCUCUCACAUGAUUAUGUCAAACAUGAAGAUGCAAUUCAGUUAAAUAAGUUAUUUUUAAAUACAUUAAAGGAAUCUUUAGUUGUUUUUAUUCCUGAAAGUGUUGAGAAGUAUAGAGAAAUAAUCAGAAAUAACGAAAAACAAAUAAUACAAAAGAAUUGUUUUAAUGAAGAAACAUUAGAUAUGAAGAUCUUUACUCUUAAAAAAUCAAUGAGAGUAACUGAAUGCAUUAAAUUUUUAAUUGAUUCUUCUCAAAAUUCUAUUUGUGAAUCAAAAACUGUUUUUAAUUUUCCAAACUCAAAAGUGGAUGAAAAAUCAGAAAUAAUUAAAAAGGAUUUGUGUAAAAAAAAUAAACAGAUUCUACACCAAAAUAGCAAAGCAUCAAUUACAGAUUUAGAUAAUACUUUUGAAAAUUAUUUUUUUGACGGUGAUGUGAAUCACAUAUCAAAUAAAGUAGAAAAAAGUACGGUUGAUUUAACUGAAAAUGGUUUUCACGAUUAUGAUUUUGACCACGUUUCUAAGUAUGUAGCAAUUAAAACUAAUAAUGAAGUUUCAAGUUGCUCUAUGGAGACAAGUUUUGGCUUUAAAUCAAGUAUUAUAGGACAUUCAAUUAAAGGAGAAAAACCCAAGGUAGUAUUUUUUCCUUUUCAUGACUUGAAAAAAAAGCAAUCUGCAAUAUUUCUGUCUGUUGUGUUACAGUACCUUUUUUUUAACAAGUUAAGAAAAACUGUUGUAAUAUGCAAUGACAUGGAAGAAACUCAAUCUGUCGCAUAUGCAAUAGAUAUAACUGAAAAGUAUAAAUCAGUAAUUUAUUUACCACAUUUACAAAAACGCACUCCAAAAUUUUCUGAAAAAUUUGAGGUUACAAAAAAGCUAACAAGUAAUCUUGAUAUUCUUGUAACUGACAGUAAAGGCUUUUCUGGAGCUGAAUCUGAAUGUGUAGUUGUUCUUGUGAGACCAGACGAGAUUUAUCUUCGACAUGUUCUUGUGGAUGCCAUGUCAAGAUCAAAUUCAUAUUUAAUAGUUUUAGUAUUAAACUCCAAUAAUAAAGAUCAAAAUUUAACUAAAAAUUUAAACACAAAUGGAACUAUUAGAAAUGUGCUAAAUAAGUGGUCAGAAAACAUUGCUGAAAAAAUUAUAGUAAAUGUAUGCAAUAAAAAAAAUCAAGCAUGGACUGAAGAUAUUAAUGAUAUGAUUAUAGUUCAUGUAUGUAAUAAAGAAAAUCUAUUGUUAAUACAAACAGAUUGUUCCAUAUUAAUAUGUGAACAUUGCAAAGACUUUAUUGAUCGUGGGUCUAUAAUAAAUUUUUCAUCAUAUGGAGACAAAAUAGAAUUUAAAAUUUUUGAUGAAAAUAAUGCAAUAUAUGAAUCUAUUGCUUCUAACAUUCAAGCAAACAAAGGUAAUGAUAUGGAUGAACUUUUUAUUGAAAAUUUAAAAAAAGUAAGAGUGGUGGGGUCAGGUGCAUCUGGAACGGUUUAUCUUUGUACAGAUGAAAAUACAGGCAGAAGAUUAGCUAUGAAAUGUAUUGAGACUGGAGAUAUUGACAAUAAUGUUAAUGCAAAGCAAGAAUUUGAAAAAGUUCAAGAUGAAAUUUCACUUUUUCAAACAUUAAAUCAUGAACGAAUUGUGCACUACUUUGGUUCAACCUAUACUAACACAACAGUCUCUAUUGUAAUGGAAUUCAUGGAAGGGGGAUCUCUUUACAACAAAAUAUCAAAUGAAGGUGCUUUAGAUGAAAAUACAGCAUCAGAAAAAUCUUAUCAAAUUCUUUGUGGAUUGGAAUACUUACACAGUAAAAAUAUUGUACACAGAGAUAUUAAAAGUGCCAAUAUUUUGUUAGAUUUAUAUGGGAAUUGUAAGCUUGCUGAUUUUGGUAUAUCAAAACAGAUACAAACAAUUAGUUCUUGUGCAGGAUGUAAAACAUUUGCUGGAACACCUUACUGGAUGAGUCCUGAAGUCAUAAAUGCAACUGCUGAUGAUAUUGAAUAUAGAAAUAAAGCUGAUAUAUGGUCAUUCGGUUGUACUGUGCUUGAAAUGCUUACAACAAAGCCGCCAUGGUUUCAUUUAGAUCCUAGGGUUGCUAUAUUCCACAUUGGUACAAAACCAACUAUACCGCAUCUGCCUGAUAACUCGUCUAAUUCAUGCACAACAUUUGUGAAUGAUUGUUUUCAACGUGACCCGAAAUUACGACCAAAUACAUCGCAGCUAUUGACUUAUGAUUGGGUCAAAAGAUCUGCAUAAAAAGAAGCUUGUAAUGCAUUGAUAAUGAAUUUUAUGACAACGAAAUACAACUUUUGAAUCGUCA